GGAAGAUGGGGCAGUCGGACGAUAUCGAGGAUUCGACGUACAGCCAGCACCAGGAUCUCUGCCAGAAGCUGAAUAUGGACGCGACCGCCGCGUCCGAGGCCUGGAGAUCCUACGAAACUAUUCGGCAGAACUACACUCUCGAGGGUGAUCAGUUGCAUUGGAUAGGAUGUGCAUUGUAUGUAGCUUGUAGAAAGUCUUCCACACCCACAGUUGGGAAAACAGGUGCUAACGUGGAAGGCAAUUGUGUAUCGCUAACACGUCUCCUGCAAUUGUGUAAUCUCCCAUUGAUACAAUUCUUCACAAAGAGCAAAUCAUGGGCGGAUAUGGCCAAUAUGCCACAAGACUUUCGAGCCAAGAUACAAAAGCUAGAAGCAAAUUUCUCAGUGUCUAUGGUCAUAUUUAAAAAAUACCAACCGAUAUUUACCGAUAUAUUCAAGGAUCCAAGAGAGGAUAUCUCUAGACCACCUAGAUCUAGAAGGCAUAAAGCAGUACCCUGCACACCUACCAGAGUUUUUGAAUUCUGUUGGACACUAUUUAUAUGCAUAAAAGGUGCAAUUCCUGAUAUUUCGGAUGAUCUUGUUAAUUCUUAUCAUCUUUUAUUAGUUUGCUGUGAUCUUAUAUAUAGCAAUGCUCUGUUAUCUAACAGAAAAGAUUUACUAAAUCCUAACUUCCCUGGUUUGCCAGCAAAUUUCAAUGAUGAGAACUAUACUCCACCGCAAACAGCAGACUGCAUUGUUAGUUUGUUGUGUGAACGUCAUGAAGCAAUCCCUGUUGAGGCUAAAGUUAUAAAGGAAUAUUGUAUGAAAAAUUAUAUUAACAAGCUGUUUAAUGAGAAAAUUUUACGUGGUGAUCAAUCAAACUUCUCUGGUAUAUUAGAGGCAUUGAACUUUGAUGGCAACAAUAAAGCUGUUAAUAAGGCUUAUGAGCAGCGUGUGUUGAGCGUUGGAGACUUUGAUGAAAGAAUUUUCUUAGCGGAUUGGAGGAGAGUAAAUUUGAGCAUCAUAUCAAAUUUGGAUAUAUCUGGCCAAGACAAUAGUAAGCAUGUUCAAUUUGCUAAACAUGUAAUUUUAAAAGGUCAUGAUGCUAAUGAAAACAUUGGUUCUCCUACGCAAAUAAACAUUGACGAUUUUCAUGAAAGAUUGCAGAUGAAAAGGGAACAGCAUGCUGGGCACAUACAGUAUCUAGCACCUGCUACACCAUUGACUAACCGUAAAUAUCUUCGAUCAAAGGAUAUGUCUAAUAUAACACCAGUGACAACGGCAACUCAAAGUGUCAUUAAGUUGCAAGCUCUGAUAGCUGGGCAAUCUGCUCCAAGUGAAGGUCUAUUACAAAUGUUGAACAAUUGUUCUCAAGAUGUUAAAUCUUCAAUUGAAGCAAAAGUUAAGCAGAUUGGUGAACAAUUUUGUGCAAAUUAUAAUAACAAUGUAAAUGAUGGUUCGACAUCUGACUUUGGAAAGAAGCGUCUUAUCAUGGGACAAACCCUAUUCUACAAGUUACUGGAAAUGAUUUUAAAUGACGAAAAGCGUAAAAAACCGAAUGAUGAUAUAACUAAUCUUCUUUUGAAUGAAGUCUUCAUUCAAUGCCUGUUUGCGUGUUGUCUUGAGAUAGUUAUUUAUUCGUACAAGAGUAAUGACAAAAAAUUUCCAUGGAUAUUAAAGGCUUUAAAUCUAGAUGCAUACUAUUUUUAUAAAGUUAUAGAAAUUAUAGUAAGAGCCGAAGAUCAAUUAUCACGAGACGUUGUUAAGCAUUUGAAUCAGAUCGAGGAAAAGAUUCUAGAAUCUCUGGCUUGGCGGAGCGACAGCCCUCUUUGGCAAACGAUCAAAUCCUUACCUGAAGAUGUGCCGACUUGCGAAGAAGUUUCCUUACCUGGCACCUUGGAAACUAUCGAUCCAAAUGCACCUGGUCAGCCCGUGUUAAGACGGAUUGCUUUAGAUCGGGAUCGUAGUCAUCAUGAUGUUCAACAGAGUCCGAUUUCGUCUGCUUCAGAAAGAUUUCAGUCUCCCAUCGCAGCAUCCGGUAUAGCAAAGAAGCGAUUAUUCCCCGAGACCAGAGUUACCGGUCAAAGUGUUCUAAGAGUCGGACAAAGUGUAUUAUCUUCUAACAGAAUGUUAAUAGAUAAUCAAAGAAUACUUUUAGUAUCCGAUCAAGUUGCAAGAGCAUCAGGCAUAUCAGCCUCAAAUAAUCCCACUAUACAAGCUAUACAAGGAACGAAUAAAGAUAUAGCUAGAUCGAGGAGAACAGGUUCGGUGGCGUUAUUUUUUCGAAAGUUUUACAAUCUUGCAUGCGUUCGUAUGCAAGAUUUAUGCAAUUCGUUGGAAAUAUCAGACACCGAUAAGAAGAAGAUAUGGACGAUUUUUGAAUAUUCCAUCAAAGAGCGUACCGAGCUAAUGAAGGAUCGACAUCUCGAUCAAAUUUUAAUGUGUGCAAUUUAUGUGAUAUGUAAACUUGUGAAGAUGGAAAAGAACUCAUUUACCGAAAUUAUGCGCUGUUAUCGUCUUCAACCGCAGGCAGAGUCACAUAUAUAUAGAUCGGUGCUUAUAAAAAAAAUUUCCAACGACGGAGAUCCGACAAGUAGUAAUAACGAAAGAUCGGAGGAUAAUGGUACUUCAGUAGAGAAUAUAACUCCGCCGACUCCGACAAAUAUGGCUGGGACGUCGCAAAACUUUGAUGGAGAGGAACGAGGCGAUCUAAUCAGAUUCUACAACAAAGUUUAUGUGCCACAAAUCAAAGAAUAUGCGAAUAAAUUUGGAUCGGCUCGUGGUAAUAAUAACCAGAGUCUCUCGUUAAGCCCUCUACCGAAAGGAAAUACGUCUACUAACUCUCCAGUGAGACGUGUUACUAGUAGUAUUAUGACGCGUACCCUAAAUCCGAGGGCUAUUAGUGCGUCACCAGCACCACAAUUAAGUUAUUGCUUCAGUCGUAGUCCUGCUAAGGAUUUAGAAGCUAUUAAUAAGAUGAUGAUAUCUGUAGAUGCGAAAAAGAGCGUAGGAAAGCGAUUACUUUCCGAUGACACAGAUAUAGAAAUGACAGAGGGAACAUCUCCUAAAAAAACCGCGACCUUUGUCGCGCGAAAAUUAGAAAAUAUUAUUGGAGAACGACGAACGCAAAAUCAAUAAGCGGAAUGUGGUAAAAUAAUGUCAAUCAACUUACAAGGACGAAAACUUGUACCAUCUGCUUAUUUGCAUUUGAAUUGACUUAUUAAAAACAAACCUACUUAUACAAGGCAGAUGAUCCAAUCUUAGUUGUGCAGCAUAAAUUUGAGUCAGAUGUUAUUUCUUAGGCAUAGUCAUUCUAACAAAUUGGAAUCCAAUAUUAAGUAACAUUCACGUUAUCUAUGAAUGCUGUAAUGUUUGUAAUUUUAUUUAGUGUAAAGUCAGAAUUCAAUUUCCAGUAUUGUUGGGGUUGACUUUUAUUGUAGCAGAGUAGUUUCUUUUUUCUUUUUAUUUUAUAAUUUACUGAACCAAACUGUCUUUCAAACUGUAUAACAUACUGAAAUCUGGAAUACAAAAAUGUAUAAUGGAUUACAACCACGAAACAUGCAUAAUUGCACUUUCUAUAGAUUAUAUAUGUUAUAAUUAACAUACAAUCUUUUAGAAUUAAUUGAAAACACAAACAUCAUGAUUUUUUAAAUUUGUUUAUUGUUACUUCUCCAUCAUGAUUGUUACAUAAAAUUAUCUUUAUGUAAUAAAAUUGCAUAUCUAUCAUAUAUGUAUAGUGAUAAUUAGUGUAUAUAAAAUUACCGGUAAUUCUAUAGAAGUAUUAGCCAAUGAUUUUAUAUAAUCAUCAAAUUAAUCACUUUUUCAGGAUAACGUAUAUUUAAACAAAAAAUUAUUGUUUAAAUAGGUAAAAGAACAUUAAAUAGAAAAUUUGCAAAAAGAAUAUAAUUAUCAUGAUAAUAAAUUAUAAUUCACAUUAUGAUAUAUGGAUGGCCCACUACCAUCAACAAAUAUUUUAAUGAUAGAUUUUUAAAUUAAAAAAAAUUCAAAAUUUAUUUUGCUUAAAUAAAAAUUUGAUUAUUUUCUAUUACUAUUAAUAUUGGAUAUUCAUGUUCAAAAAAUAUUAAAUAAAAAUUUUACACAGAAUUUUUCACAGAAUAUAAUCUUAUAUUAUUUAUGUAUAUUUAUAUUUGAAACUUAAUCUGUUAGAAAUUUUUUUUAUUCUUUAUGAUUGAAAGACUGUAUUGAUAAAAAUUCAACAUUAAAUUAAUUAUUAGUUAUUUGAGCUAUAAUAUCUGCCAUUAAAAUAUUAUCUAGUUGUGGUCGAACAAUUCAUAUACAUAUAAAUAUUUUGAAUUUGUAAAAUAAGUUAAAUAAAAUAUUAUAUUAAUUAUAAAUAGCUUUUAUUUUUAAUUGUUAUAAUUAAAACUCGUUGAUUGCAUGAUGUCUUGUAAAAGUAUAACCUAGUCAAUAUUUGUGAAACAUUUGAUAUAUAUCUGUCAUACACUGGAAAUUGUUCUGACUCAAGUGGGUAUUUUAUAACUUGUCAGUAAAAUCAUUGUUUUUAUUUUUUUGUUUUGCAAUCAAAACAUAUACAAGGUUUAUAAAAGUAUAAUUGCAGCCAUACUUGGUAGAAGUAGUUAUUUUAAUGAUAGAUUUAAGUUCACCAUGGGACAAGAAAUAUACACUCGCAGUAAAUAUCAAUGUUGGGUGAUAUUUGAUUAAAUUUACUUUUUUUUUUAUAAGAGAAGAACAUAGAUUCAAUGUAAUAAUUGAACCUAAAAUCACAAUUAUAUUUAUCACAAGCGUAUCUUCUAUCUCAAAGUGUAAAUUAUUUGUAUUUUUUAAAAUUUAGUUUAUCAAAGGUUAAAAAACUUUAAGUAGAUGUAUAAGUAUUUCUAAAUUCGAUUCUCUAUGAUCUCAUUAAUUUGCCAUUUAUUAUCGAACAAUGUAUAAAAUGAAACUUAUAAAAUAAGAAUGAGGAAAACAAUUAUCAUAUUUAUUGCAUUGAAAGAACUUUGUAACUUGAACUUAAUAUAAUUGAAUAUUAAUCGAAUAUUAAUAAAAUUAAAUAUUGAUACUUUAAUGUAAUUAAAUAUAAAUAUCGUUAUGCAUGAAA